GAAGAUUCUUGCGGCAAUGCGCAAGGCACUAGCCCACCAUCUGUUCCCUUUCGCGCGCAGCCACUCUACCUCCGGCGCGGCGCGAGGAAACACGACAUGCCCCGGCCCGCCUGAGUCCAUGCGCGGCGGGGCGGCGGCGGCGGCUUGCCGACUGCCGGCCGCCGUGCCUCCCUUACGCAUUGCAGCUCUGGGCGCGCUGUUGGCCCAUGCCGCUGGGCUGAGCGCGCCCCCGCGGAGCGCCGCGGGCGGCUGGCGGCGCGGGUUGCUCGCGCUCCGCGGCUUCGACGUCGGCACUUCCGAGGGUCGGGCGGACGCGGCGUGCGACGGCCAGGCUCGGGAACUGCCGCCUACACGGUGGGCGGACACCGAUCUUGGCCAAGCCCACCACGGGCAUCGGGUCGGCAUGCAGGAAGUUCCAUGGCCUCUUGGCCAACAGUCCUUGCAGUCUGACCUUGGGCAUAGGAUGAUGGGCUUGGCUGGGAUAAGUGAAAACUCACACCUUGUGCCUACAGGCGACGCUAGGCUGGUUGCCCGAAGCCCCAGCCGUCGUCGCGGCCGAGGAGACCCGCACGCGGCUCUGGGUGAGGCUCGCCAGUGGUGCGGUGCGCAUGCCCCUGGAGGACUUUGUAGUCGUGUCGGCGGACCCCUCGGUCGCGGUGGCCGAGGCCUUCUUGGAGGUGAACGGGGGCGGCUCGGAGGCAGCCGUCGGAGCCAUUCUGCCACCAUUGGUCGCAGACGUCGUCUACACUUGCCGCCGCGCUGGCGCUGCGCGUCUCGCGGCCCAGUUCCGAUUUCGGGAUCCGCGCUUGGCGCCAGUGGAGCUGUCGCUGGUGAAGCGGUGCGCGGCCGAUGCGCGAGGCGGCCUGAGCCUCGGGACGGCGGCGGAGCUCGCCCCGGACGUUGUGAGAGACGGCGCAUCCAUGUGGGCGCCCACGACGGCUCUGCAGCGCAUCGUCCCGGCCGACACGGAGCGGUUGGUGCUGUACUGGACCUUCGGGCAUCCUGGAGAACAGGAGGCGGCGCAGCCGCACGCCGCCCAGGCGCUCGCGGCGCCUUCGGCCGCAGUCACGCCGUUGGAGUUGCAGGGCGAACCUGUGAGAGCUGGCCCCGCACAGGUGCGGCGCUGGAGCCGGCGCCUCCUGCAGCGCUCUGCACAGGAGACGCACGCGCAGUCGCUGGGCUCCUGGGGCCUGCCACAGGACGGCGCCGCCUCCGCGCAGAGCGUGCUCCGGGUCGCCUUCGCCGGUGCGCUCGCCAGUGGUGGCCAGCAGCCGUUGGGCAGCGUGCCAGCGGGCGCAGCGGGCACCAAGAUCGCCGUGGAGCUGGAGUGCGUCGAGGUCGGGACUGCACUCGUCGAGGUACAGAUCGCUCCGCUCCCGCUGUAUCAGCCGCACCGCCCAGCAGUCAUCGCUUUCGUGAAGCAGUGCGGCUGGACGGCCCUGGACGGCGUCGACGUAUCCACGCACCCGCUCGAGGACGGUGACGCCUUGCCCGACAUCGUCAGUGAGGGGACCGUGCUCAAGGACUUGCCCGAGCUGGGCCCGCAAAACGCGACGGCGACCGUCUAUUGGGACAGCCUGCGUCGCGGCCUGGGGCCCCCCGACGCCACCACUGUGGACUGCGGCGACGGCCCGGCGAACGCCUCCGUGGAGGUUCUCGAAGACAGCAGCGGCUCAUCUGGACACAUGCGGCUGCACUUGACGUGCCGUGGCGAGGGCCGUGCCACUUGCGCCAUGCGCUUCGGGUGGCGGUUGCACCGGGGCCCUGUCGUGCGCUUCGCGAAGGCUUGCAGUCCGCCAGGCCGCGCCGCCUCGAUAGAGUCGCUGAUGCAGAGGCGCUUGGGUGCUCUGACACCCGAGAGGGCAGUCACACCCGUGCUCUGCCAUGGCAGCGCUGCGUCGCUAUCUUCCUCGGCGAUGGAGGUGCCCGCUGAUGCCUUCAAGGUGAUCUGCACGUUCUUCCCCAACGCCUCCGUGGGGCUCAGCGCGGCCGAGGUUUCCGUGGCGGACCCUGAAGUGGUGCAUGUGGUGCCGACUGGCAGUCUAGCUUUUGGUGGCGAGGUGGAUCCGCACAUAGGCGGCAACAUCGAGCUUGAUUUGUCGUGUUUGCAGUCGGGCAGUUCGAAUGUCCAGGUCGUUCUGCAACAGUUGCCAGCGAGCAGUGCGCCGCCUGUCGUCUUCAGCUUCUCCAAGCGGUGCCAGGUUUCGCGUUUGCAGCACUUGCGAAACCAGCCGUACUUGAUCGCGCUGGUAGUUUACGGAGGCUUGCUCCUGGCAUCAGUUGCCAUGGUCAUUGGUCUGCUUGCAAAUUUCCGAGCAGUCAGUGGCAAGAUCUCAGCGGACAUUUGAGCGAACCUCCGCACCCAGACCGAGCUGGCAGAGAAAGCCACACAAGUCGUUCAACGUCUGUCAUCAUCGGCGCUAUGCUUCUGUCCAGACGUGUCGUUCGGUGAGCUUGGAAUGCACGUUUUCGCAGCGCUGAGCGC